AUGGCGUCACCGUUGCGCCUGGUGUGGCUGGCGUUGGCCUUCACUUUGGUGUUCAACCCAGUGGCUGUCAGCACCUGUUCGACCCAGGAGUUUUCCUGCUCUCAGGGACUGUGUGUGGCUGAGGACUGUGUGUGUGACUUCACAGACGACUGUGGAGAUGGCAGCGAUGAAAACAACUGUUCCUCAUACAAGAGGUGUGACUUUGAGAAGGGAUUCUGUGACCUGAUCCAAAGCUCAGGAAUAAGGCCUCAUUGGACCAGGACAACUGAGGUCGCUGGACUCAAACAUGACCACACAAACAGCAUGUCAGCACAUUUUCUGUCCCUGUCACCUGUCAGAGGAAAUAGAACCAUAGCAGACCUGAGAAGUCCAGUCUUCCUACCCAGCCACACCUGCCAGAUGAGUUUUUAUUAUUAUGUUGGAGCAACACAUGGAGAUCUUCAGGUCACAGUUCAGACUCAUCCAACGAGUCAGAGCGCUGUGGUGUGGAAACCCUUGAGUCAACUACAGAAGGAUACAUGGGUGCGGGAAGUCAUAUGGUUUUCCAGGAAUCACAGUUUUCAGGUGGUGAUUCGAGGGGAAUUUUCAGCUGACAGCGAGGCCUCUGAGGUCCUGGCCAUCGAUGACUUAUCCUUCAGCCCUGGCUGCGGGACUGUGUCUGGUGGAAGUGUGUCCCCUCUUCCUGCUUGCCCUCCCUCGUGGUUUGUCUGUGGUGAUGGGGAGUGCAUCGAGGAGAGCAAAGUGUGUGACUUCACCACACAUUGUCCCUCUGGAGAGGAUGAAGCCGGCUGCCCCUCUGAGUGUGACUUUGAGAAUGGUUCUUGUGGCUGGUAUGAGCUCACCUUCGGCGAUGGUUUUGACUGGGUCAGGGGCUCAUCACUGGAGGUACCUCCAGACUACUAUGGUCGCCCACCACCACUGGACCACUCUAGAAACAGCACUGAAGGUCACUUCAUGUUUAUAUUCAAAAACAGCAGCAGUCUGUUUCCAAAAGCUGUUCUUCGAGGACCGUGGUUCCAGCAGUCGGCAUCUGCAUGCACAAUGACCUUCUGGCAUUAUAAUUCAGGCAUAUCUGUGGGAGCUGCUGAGAUAUCGCUUCGAAUCAAAGGACUUCAAAACAGCAGUGUCAUAUGGAGAAUACUGUAUGACCAGGGACCCUGCUGGAAACCUGUCACCAUACAGCUGGGACGCAUCACUCAGCCGUUCCAGAUCGCCGUGGCUAAAAUCAGCCUUGGCGUAUUCGAUGGAGUCACUGCUUUGGACGAUAUCAAUUUCAAGAACUGCUCUAUGCCUCCAGCGGUGGCUGAGUGCCCUCCGCACACACAUUUCCACUGCAUGCACACAAAGGCAUGUGUGGAGCACCUGCGGCUCUGUGACCUUGUGGAUGACUGUGGGGACGGAUCGGAUGAGGAAGGAUGCUCCCCAGAGCUGCAGUGCAACUUUGAGCACGGGCUGUGUAACUGGAAACAGGAACAGAGUGGAGAUGUUUUUGACUGGACCCUCAUCCAAGGCCCAACUCCAUCCUUUAACACAGGCCCACUGAAGGAUCACACACUGGGCACCAACUAUGGCCACUACCUCUACAUCGAGUCCUCUGCCCCUCAGGAAUUCAAAGACACGGCGGUGUUACUGAGCCAAGUCUUCAGUCCCACCUACAAGCGCAGCAAGGCCCACCACUGUGUUUUCCGCUUCCAUUACCACAUGUUUGGAUCACACGUGUUCUGUCUGGCAGUGUACUUGAGGACCACUGCUACAGGCCGUGGCCAUAUGCUGUGGGUGCGAUAUGGAAAUCAAGGAGACCUCUGGCACAGGAAGACUCUUUACCUCAGCAGUGCUCAGCCUUUCCAGAUUUUGAUUGAAGGUACAGUUGGAGAUGAUUUAAAUGGAGACAUUGCCAUUGACGACCUUUCCUUCCUCAACUGUGAGCCUUAUGAAGGAGAGCUCCCCACACCAAAUACCACAACCCCAGUAGUGACCACUCCAGCCCCCACAGUUCAGCCCCACAGCUGCCCUGAAGGGCAGUUUGCUUGUGAUACAUAUAGGGAGUGUGUUCCCUUCAGUCAAGUGUGUAACUUUAGACAUGACUGCUCUGAUGGAUCAGAUGAAAUAAACUGCGUGAAGGAAAGCUGUGAUUUUGAAGGUGGUAACACUUGUGGCUGGAAGAUUGUCAAACCCUCUUUGAUCCAAAUUCAUGCAUUUCAGUGGACAUCUGACCAAGGAGAGAGCAUUCAUCAUGGAGAGGAGUACCACCGUCCUACUAAUGACCACACCCUCAACAGCCCCGAGGGGUGGUAUAUGUAUGCAGACAGUUCAAAUGGUGGAUACGGUCAGACCACUGACCUCCAGACUCCUGUCAUCUCCUCCACUGGGCCACAGUGCACCCUGGUCUUCUGGUACCACAUGAGUGGAUUCACUGUGGGAACACUGCAGGUGCUGCUGAAGCAAAGAAACAUCACUCAUGAGGUUUGGUCUCAGACGGGUAACCAAGGCAACAAAUGGAGACGAGGACAAGUGUUUUUGGGGUUGCUGAAUAAUGUCCAGGUGGUAUUCUCUGCUAAACGAGGGAUCAGCUACAUGGGUGAUGUGGUAAUAGAUGAUGUCAGCUUCCUGGAUUGCUCCCCUCCUCUUCCUUCAGACCAGCCGUGCACACCUGAGCAGUACGCCUGUGCAAACGGCCACUGCAUCCCUCAUGACAACUUGUGUGACUUCAUCAACCACUGUGGGGACAACUCAGACGAGGACCCUUACAUCUGCCAGGGUUUUAUUGGACGCUGCAGUUUUGAGUUUGACCUCUGUUUCUGGAGCCAGUGCCAAGAGGAUGACUUUGAUUGGAUGAUCAAAGCUAGCAGCAGUCCAACGAUUAGAACUGGGCCAUCAACUGACCACACCCUGAGAAACUCCUCAGGACACUACCUCUACUUGGAAAGUUCAUUUCCUCAGGCAGUUGACAACACCGCCCGUAUAUUAGGACCGCUACUGAGCAGCAGGAGUUCACAGUGCAAGAUGCGUUUCUACUUCCACAUGUCUGGAGAUGGUAUUGGGACCCUUAGUGUGUUCAUCAAAAGUGAAGGUCAUCUUCAUCUCCUUCUGACCCUGAUGGGAGAUCAGGGCAACUACUGGCAGAUGAAGGAGAUCCCGCUGAGCAGCUCCAGAGACUUCCAGGUCAUGUUUGAGGGCAAGGUAGGCCGAAAUCCGAAGGUUGAUAUCUGCCUGGAUGAUAUUACCUUCUCUCCAGGCUGCCUUCUCGCUUCCUCAGCUACAUCACCAGAUAACACUUCUCCACCUCCUUCAGGGUCCUGUCCUUCAGGCCUCCUCCCUUGUGAAAAUGGCAGGUGUUUCACUCCAGGGCAGAGCUGUGAUUUCAAAGAUGAUUGUGGUGAUGGAACCGAUGAAAAGGAUUGUGGGACUUCCUGCAACUUUGAGAACGGACACUGUGGCUGGAAGAGCUCCCUAGCUGAUCAUUUUGAUUGGGUGCUGGGUACUGGAUCUGUCCAAAGCAUACGGCCUCCAUAUGAUCAUACACUGAUGGAUGAGAAUGGGCAUUUUGUCUAUAUGGAAGCAACACCAGUGGGACUGAAAGGCGAUAAAGCCCAUAUUAGAACCUCUGUGUGGAAAGAGUCAAGUGCCUUCUGCAAGCUCUCCUUCUGGUACUACAUUUCCCACAAGGCAUCAGGAACCAUCCGGCUUCUGAUCAAGAUGGAGAACAGUUUAAUGGAGGUGUGGAAUAAAACAGGACAUCAGGGCAAUAAGUGGAACCGAGCAGAAAUCCCCCUGAGGAAGCUCAGGAACUUUGAGGUCAUAUUCGAGGGAGUACGCUUAAGGGACGUGAGCGGUGGAGCAGCCUUGGAUGACCUGCAGUUCAUAGACUGUUCCCCAAGUGCUGUGGAGGUUGUUGGUUGUCCUGCACCAACAGACUUUGUGUGUCGCAGCGGCCACUGCAUUGAGUCCCACCUGGUGUGCGACAGCAAGGCCGACUGUGCUGAUGAAUCGGAUGAAACAGACUGCGACAAAAUAAUUAGCUUGCCAGGUGCUUGUAGCUUCAACAUGGAGGAAGACCAGUGGAAAGAGAGAUGCCAGCUUUCUCAAGACCCUGACGAUGACUUUGAUUGGAGGAUCGGUCACAAGACUGAGACACCAGGGGCUGGCCCUAUCACUGACCACAGUCAAGGUGGUGGAGGGAAUUUCCUGUACAUACACUCAGCUUCUCAGCGGGAGGGCGAUGUUGCCAAGGUGACAACCAGGAGUCCAUUUCCUGCCAGUAUCGGCCUGUGCCACCUGCGCUUCUGGUUCUUCAUGCAUGGUUCUGACAGGAUGGGAACACUGAAGGUCUUUACUGUUGGACCAAGUGGUACCCGUCUGUUGAUGUGGGCAGCCACUGGAAACCACAGGAGACAGUGGGCAUAUGCUAAUGUCAUCCUGUCCAACCCAACGCCCUUCAGAGUGACCUUUGAGGCCAAGGUGGGUGGAGAUAUGUGGACAGACAUUGCCCUGGAUGACAUUUCCUACACCACGGAGUGUAUGGUUGGAGAACCUGUAACUCCACAGCCACUGACCUGUGGUGUGGACCAGUUUCAGUGUGCAUACUCCUUCCAGUGCAUCCCAGAGAGCUGGCUGUGUGACAAAGAGCCUGACUGUGUUGAUGAGUCUGAUGAAGAGCAUUGUCCGACUGUGGUACCUGGAACUCUUCCUCCUCAGGAUCUUUGUCUUCCUGGGUAUUUUCAGUGUUCAGAUGAUCAAUGCCUCCCGUCCAUAAUGCGCUGCGAUGGAGUCCUUGACUGCCCCCAUGGAGAGGAUGAGUACAGCUGCCCUCUGCUACACUGUGAACUGGGAGAACUGGUAUGUGAAAAUUCUCCCAGCUGUAUCCCAUUUCAGAGGCGCUGCGACGACUUUCCCGACUGUCUGCCGUUCCGCUCAGAUGAGUCCAGCUGCCAUGAAUGUCCUCCAAUAUAUUGCAUGGAUCACGGCUCAUGCCAUGUGAGGAAAGAGGGGCCUGCUUGCGAGUGUCAUUUGGGAUGGACAGGAAACCGUUGCCAUAUCAAAGAGAAACCCUCCUUCUCCACAUCUUCACCCAAACCAGAGGACACACAGAUGGUUUCUCUGUUCGUUGGCACCGGGCUGCUGCUGCUUGUACUUGGAGUCGCUGUGUGUGUUCUGGCUCUAUACAAGAAAAAAUGCCCCCUAAUAAAACCCAAUCCGAUGGACUACGGGGUGAUGGAUAACCCAAAUUUUGACUGGAAAGCAGAGGAUGAAAGAGCAGGUGGCUGUCCCGGUGUGAACCCCAGGAGGAGAGAUGGUCAUGGGCUUUCUAUCAGUGUCUACCCCUGGAGGAGGGAGGUGGAGGGUCUGAAUUGGAAAGAUGCCAAGCUGUCCUUCUUCAACCCAUUGUACCAUUACCCUUCUAAUCAUAAUGACCGUGACACUAAAAGCUCUGACGCAUAAAAACAAUGGACAUCAAAUUUCUUUUGUCCCCAAGAUUUUGUUUUUUGACAAAAUGCCAAAGCAUUUAGAACAAUACAACAGAACCACUGAGACAUAGAAAACAUGGAGACAAAGAGGACGGGAUACUCAUCAGAGGACUUUUUAUAUUCACUGCUGUCAAUCUACAUCGAACUGUGUGUGCACACAUGCGAUGAGUUUGUCUUUACCUGCUGAGGUCCAAA